CAACAGUAACAACAGUUAGUCGGCCACCUCCGUAGCCAACAUUAUCGAAAACAGUCACUGUGUUUUAAACAUACUUCUGCCGUGUCUAUUUGUUGGCCCAUUUAAUGUAACGUUAAUAUUUACGUUGUUUGUCAGGUAGCUGGCUUGCUAAGUUAGCUUUGCACGAGGCUAAUCGCUAAUGCUAAGUAGCUAGCUAGUUAACAUCCCCGACCAUGAGUUCACUUAGCUACUCCACUCCUGCUGAAGAAGAGGAGGUCUGCUGGACGGAAAAAGAAGAAGAGGCUGACACAGUUAAACAAGAAGUAGAGGAUGAGUCUGUUACUGUGAAAGAAGAAGCGAAUGAAGCUUUCAGAGUGAAAGAGGAGGAGGAAGUUACAGUGAAAGAAGAGGAGGCUGUUACAGUGAAAGAAGAGGAGGCUGUUACUGUGAAAGAAGAGGAGGCUGUUACUGUGAAAGAAGAGAAAGAAGCUUUCAGAGUGAAAGAGGAGGAGGAUGUUACUGUUAAACAAGAGGAGGAAGAAGUUUUUGGAGUGAAGAUGGAGGGGGAGAUUACUGUCACGUUGAAAGAGGAAGAAGAGGAGGGGCAGAUUACUGUCACGUUGAAAGAGGAGGAAGAAGAGACGGGAGAUCUGAGUAACACCAGAGAAAGACCAGACUCUGAGGAACCAGAGGAAGAAACGGCCAAACCAGCAAGACCAUACCACUGCUCCCAGUGUGCGAAGAGUUUUACCCAGUUAGGGAACAUGAAAAGACACGAGAGGACACACACAGGUGAUAAACCUUACCACUGCUCCCAGUGUGCAAAGAGUUUUACCCGGAUAGGGUCCCUGAAAAUGCAUGAGAGAAUACAUACAGGAGACAAGCCUUACCCCUGUUCCUUGUGUGUAAAGAGAUUUUCCUCAUCAGGAUGCCUGAAAAUACAUGAGAAGACGCACACAGGCGAUAAACCUUUCCAAUGCUCCCAGUGUGGAAAGAACUUUUCCUUGUCAGCGAGCCUGAAAAGACACGAGAGGACACACACAGGAAAUACACCUCAUCACUGCUCCCAGUGUGGAAAGAGUUUUACCCGGAUAGGGUCACUGAAAAUGCACGAGAGAAUACAUACAGGAGAAAAGCCAUACCACUGCUCCCAGUGUGGAAAGAGUUUUAACCAGUCAAGGGACCUGAAAGAACAUGAGAGAAUACAUACAGGGGAAAAGCCAUACCACUGCUCCCAGUGUGCAAAGCGUUUUACACAGUUAGGUCACCUGAAACGUCAUCAAAGAACACACACCGGAGAGAAGCCUUACCACUGCUCUCAGUGUGGAAAGAGUUUUGCCCAGUUAAGUCACCUGAAAGAACAUAAGAGAUUGCACACAGGGGAGAAGCCUUACCACUGCUCCCAGUGUAGAAAGACAUUUUCCUCGCUAGCGAACCUGAAAAGACAUGAGGACACACACAGGAGAUAAGCCUUCCAAUGCUCCCAGGACCUGUAAAUUGAUAUUUCACAUCACAUCAUCAGAGAACUUACAGUGCUCCCAUUGUCUUAUAUAUAUUUUUUUACAAAGAAUGUGUUUUUUGAUUAUGCCAUAUGAAAUCGAACUGUACAAAAAAUAGAUUUGUAUGUUUUUAUUAGAAAAACAUGAAUUGAGAAUAUGGAGUAUUUCAGUUUAAAUAUACAGUACGCCCGU